AAAAAUCCUUCCUUUUGAUCCUUGGAGAGAGAGGAGAAACCCCAAAGAAAGAAAAUAUCAAAGUUGGAGUCUUUAAGUCUUUAAGCUUCAAAGUUACCAACUUUACAGUCAUCCCAAAACACCCAGAUGGUGGAAGCGCAGACAUGGACUACAAGGCGGAUGAGCAACCCGAGACUGGACUCAACGGCCACCGUCGACCACGAGGUUUUGGACAUUCCGGUGACCCCAACUGCCGACGUUAGGAACAACAUCUACACCGUUGGAUCCCAUCUGUCUCCUAACCUUUUGACGGUACUGAUCAUUGCUUCCUGGUUCACUUCCAACAUUGGUGUCCUUUUACUCAACAAGUAUCUCCUCAGCUUCUAUGGCUAUCGUUAUCCGAUCUUCCUCACCAUGCUUCACAUGAUCUCGUGUGCUUCUUACAGUUACGUAACCAUAAACUUCCUCGAAACAGUCCCAAGGCAACACAUUUUGUCGAGGAAACAGUUCCUCAAGAUCUUUGCUCUGAGCCUCAUCUUCUGUUUCUCCGUAGUGUGCGGCAACACUUCUUUGAGAUACAUUCCGGUGUCAUUUAACCAAUCUAUUGGUGCCACGACGCCUUUCUUCACCGCCAUUUUCGCUUUCUUAAUCACUUGCAAGAAGGAAUCCGCCGAGGUUUAUUUCGCUCUUUUGCCCGUGGUGUUCGGGAUCGUAUUGGCUAGUAACAGUGAGCCACUGUUUAACCUUUUUGGCUUCCUGGUCUGCAUCGGUUCCACCGCUGGUCGUGCCUUGAAAUCCGUGGUUCAAGGGAUCUUAUUAACCAGUGAAGCCGAGAAGCUACAUUCGAUGAAUUUGUUGUUGUACAUGGCGCCUAUGGCCGCCAUGAUUUUGUUACCAUUUACACUAUACAUCGAAGGGAACGUUAUGAGCAUCACAUUAGAGAAAGCUAGGAGUGAUUCUUUCAUUGUUUUCUUGUUGCUUGGGAAUGCUACGGUGGCCUAUUUGGUGAAUUUGACGAAUUUUUUGGUUACCAAGCAUACAAGCGCCCUCACUUUGCAGGUGUUGGGCAACGCCAAAGCCGCAUUGGCCGCGUGUGUAUCGGUUAUGAUCUUCAGGAAUCCAGUCACCUUGAUGGGAAUGACCGGAUUCGCCGUUACGAUAAUGGGGGUGGUGCUUUACAGCGAGUCAAAGAAGAGAUCCAAGGCACAGCUCGCAGCACAUUGACAAUAAUUUCCUCAAAAGAUAAGAUGGGAUUCAUUUUAAUUGCCUUUUCCUUUUCUUUUCAUUAUUCUCUACAAUUUAUUGCUUUUUAAAAAAAAAAACUGUUAAACUUUUGGUUAGAUUCAAUGGAGGGAAGGAAUCAAAGAAGAGAAUUUGGAUAAAAAUGAGAAAACUGUGAUCGGAAUUGUAUAGGAACGAGUGAGGGAAAAGUAAGGGGCGAAAGGAUUAUAUGCUCCACUUUUCCUUUUGUUUUUCGGAUGGUUAAAGAGAAUAAAAUUCUCUCUAUGUAAUCUUAAUAUAUAUGUUUUUGCUGCAUUAAU